AUGGCAUUUGCGGCGAGCAUCGCUUGUGGCGGCGGCGAGACAAUCGUCGUUCAUACCGUCGAAGUUCCGGUCGAAGUUCAGGGCCAGACCGUCGUCCAGACCGUCGUCGUCGAAAAAGAGGUCGUGAAAGAGGUCGAGGUGAUGGUAAUACCAACACCCGAACCGGUUCGGGUCGAGUCGCCGCACAUCACGGCUGACCCUGACGUAAACGAGUGGCCAACCAUUUAUGACGGCAGUGGCAACUUAUUCUCGAUACCAACCUCUUUCCAAGAAGCCCCGUUGCUCGCAGCUCGCGUAGCGGCUGGCGAACUUCCUCCGGUGGAAGAGCGCUUGCCUGAGAACCCGUUGGUUCUUCAGCCCACAAGCGGCAUCGGCAAGUACGGCGGAACCUGGUUCCGCGGCUUCACCGGCCCUGCCGACGGUCAAAACAUGGAGCGUCCGCUCAAGGACCACCUCCUGUUCUAUGAAGUUUCUGGUUUGACGGUUCAACCGAACAUUGCUGAGUCUUGGACGCAGAACGAAGACGCAACUGAGUUCACUUUCACGCUUCGCAAGGGCCACAAGUGGUCUGACGGUGCGCCGUUCACCACGGCCGACAUCAUGUUCUGGGUCGACCACAUGCUCCACAACGAAGAGUUGAACCCGGCGAAACCGGCGUGGUCGCAAAAAGGCGGCGAGACGCUACAGUUCGAAGCUAUCGACGAGCAGACCUUCAAGGUCACUUCACCUGAGCCGUACGCUCCCUUCGUGACUUUGGUGGCAUCGGUCAUCGUAGCCGGUCAGCACACUCGUGGUGACGGCGGUGACGGUCUCUACGCUCCGAGGCACUACCUAGAGCAGUUCCACCCCGAUUUCGUGGGUCUGGAAGAAGCUGAGCGCAAGGCUUCGGAAGCUGGUUUUGACAACUGGUACACGUACUUCCUUGACCGCAACCACGCGAAUGCCAACCCGGAUGCUCCAAUGCUUACAGCUUGGCGCGUCACCGGUAGCAUCAACACGAACGAGUGGUCGUUCGAGCGCAACCCGUACUACUACGCAGUCGACAUCGAGGGCAACCAGCUCCCGUACAUCGACAAAGUCGUUCUUACCCUUGCUCAGAACCUUGAGGUCCUGAACCUCAGUGCGCUGGCGGGUAACUACACGGUUAUGGGUCGCCACAUCAACAUCGCCAAGCUGCCGCUGUUCCUCGAGAACGCAGAAUCUGUUGGCUACCGCAUCCAAUUCUGGCGCCAGCCGCAGUCGGGUAUCGCGAACAUCUACGUGAACGAGACCUGGGAUGGCAACGCUGAGAUUCAGAGCUACAUCCAGAACGUUGAGUUCCGCCGGGCACUCUCCAUGGGUAUCGAACGCGACCAAAUCAACGAGGUCUUCUUCCUCGGGAUCGGCGCGACUUCAGGUCUGUGUCAGGGCUACGAUGACCCCGAUAACCCGGGUAAGUACAUCGGCGAGGACGACGUUCAAUUCAACCCGGACGCGGCCAAUGCGAUCCUGGACGAGAUUGGGCUUAGUUCCAAAGACGGCGACGGCAUGCGCCAGCUGCCGAACGGCGAGCGAUUGACGGUUCAAUUGCCGUCGGUGGUGGCAGCAUUCGAAGACUACCCGGCGAUUAACGAGAUGAUCGCUCGGCAGUGGGCAGUCAACCUCGGCGUCCACGCCGAAGUUCAGUCCCUCGAGCGAGGCCUGCACGGCGACCGCGGGUUGCUGAACGAGUUGAUGACAACCAACUGGGAGUCGUCACCGCGAUCGACUACGCUGAUCACGCCGCAACACCUGCUUCCGGUAGGAGGCGGUGGCAACACUGGUCGCCUCUACGGUGACUGGCACCAAUCCGCCGGCGAGAACGGUACCGAUCCGGCCGGCAUCAACGACUUGAUCAAAGAGCAGAUGGAUCUCUACGACGAGUCGCAAUCGACCGCUGGUCCGGCACGCUCUGCGGAGAUCCUCCAGCGAGUAGUCGAGCUCAACUGCUUGAACGUCAACCCGAUCACGACGGUGAUGAACAAGCCGACGUACGUUGCGAUCAUCAAGAACAACGUUCGUAACAUCCCGAACGCGUUGCCGUUCUCAUACCACAACCAGACCUCAGGAAACGCAUUCCCUGAGCAGUGGUGGAUCGACGACGACGACGCGAUGAUGGGCCAGUAG